CAGUGGGAGCUGCUGAGAAGUUGAUCCUUAUGAUUCUGCAGUUCUUGGUGACAACUUUUGUCUCAGCAUCUGAUGCAGAUAUGACAUUUCAUUGCAUUACACUGGCCGGUAGGUGUGAUGGGCAAGAUUAAAAACUACAGACACCCCGCCCCUUCAAGCCCCUUUAUAAGAGCUUGGUGGUUCAGACGAUCUCGGCAGUGACACGAUUAAACGCACAAUGAGGAACUUUACCUCGAUAACAGCUUUGUUUCUCUUCUUGUUUCUGCUCUUUGUUUCAGGCUGGAUCUCUGUCUCAGUGUCUCAGUCUCAGACUUUGGAGGUCCAGCCUGGUGAGGAAGUCACACUGUUGUGCUCUAACAUUUCCAAGAAGCCAACUCACACAUUUUGGUCCAGACUUGAUGAUAAAAGAACGGUCAGCUGUAUCGCCUCUAUGUACAGGUCUGAUAGCGAAGCUUCAUUCUGCGAUGGAUUUAAAAAAGGAUUUGAAAUGAGCUCCGACGUCUCCACUGUCUUUCUUAAAAUCAAGCGAGUGGAUUUAUCUGACUCAGGACUGUAUUUCUGUGGAUUUUACAUCAUCAAAAACAUAAUCAUUAAUAAUACAAUACAUUUAAAUGUUCAAGAUAAUAGUGAAUCUAAAGAAGGAGUGGAUUUUGAGACUGAAAAAAUGCCUGAUGGAGAGACAAACCUGAUGAGUGUGAUCCUGGCCGGUCUGACUGUUUUCCUCACUGUAGUCAUCAUUGUUCUGGCCGUUAAAAUCAGGAAACUUCAGAAAGCUGUGACUGCAGAACCACAGCCAGAAAGAAACAAGAAUCUGGGCUCAGAGGACCUGAACUACGCGGCUCUAAGUUUCCAUCCAAAACCGAAAAGAAACCUUAAGACUGCAUCAGAGAGAGAGCUGGAGCCAAAUGUUGUGUACGCUGCCACCAGAUAGACUCAGGAAACUACUGGAACAGCAGCUCACAGUGGGACUGAUUCUUUGUCAUAUUCAUCUGCUAAUGUGUUUUUGUGUGUGGGUAGUGAGUGGGAGGACUCAAUGCCAAAAAAUAAAUUUUGAAUAAUAUUUCUAUAUUGCGGCCGUGUUGUUUUUCACAUUUCUUCCUGUCUCUCUCUCGGUCAAAUUCUCUGUCGUUGUAGUUUUUUCUGCUGUGAAUGCUUGAUGUGUGAUAGAGGAGGAGUCAGAAAGGACACUGAUGACUGUCAAACUUAUUUAUAGGGAGAAUGAAAUGGUCUGUGGGGGGUGGAGUGAGUGAGGUUCACAUCACUUGUUUGACAGGAAGAGACAGCACAGUUUGGUCUGACAACAACCGAGGGGAAAAUCAUGAGGCCUCUAACAUCAAAGAUCUGAAGGAAAGUGUAAAAGGAAGCAGUGAAGACUAACCUGUUGUUCAG